GGGGCUGAAAUAUUCAACCUGAAUCACAACUUUUUCCCUGAUCGGGGGUAAAGUCCUGUGCGUGUCUAUGAAAUCACAUGGCAUUUUAAGAAUGCUUCAAAGAUGGCGGUUUGUGGUAACAGAGUGCAGAAAAGUGCAUGUUUGGAAGUGCUAGUACGGGAGCGAUGGCACGCGGUGCUGGCGAGUUUAAGCGACGAGUCGCUGACGCUCAGCUGCGAGGAUCCCGCGACAGACACCAGCGUUAACCUCAACGGCAUCACAACCAACGGCUCCUACGACCAGCCGGACCCCACGAACAGUCCCAAAGCCGGAGUAUGGACUCCUUUGACGGACUCACAAGUUCCAGAAGCGAUUGCGAACCGUAAAAGAUGUGUCAAAGUUAUCAAGCAGGAGGUCGGUGGAUUAGGGAUAAGCAUCAAAGGCGGGAAGGAGAACAAGAUGCCUAUUCUUAUUAGUAAGAUAUUCAAGGGUCUGGCUGCGGAUCAGACUCAAGCGCUCUAUGUGGGGGACGCGAUACUGUCCGUGAACGGGAUCAAUCUGCGGGACGCCACGCACGACGAGGCGGUACAGGUGCUGAAGAAAGCGGGCAGAGAAGUUAUGCUGGAAGUGAAAUACAUGCGGGAAGCAACGCCAUAUGUGAAAAAAGGCUCACCGGUGUCUGAGAUUGGCUGGGAGACCCCGCCUCCUGAGUCCCCUCGUCUCGGCAGUCCUCACUUCGAUAUCCCCAGCCCCUCACUGUCCUUACAGGGCGACCGCAGAUACAUCCCCCUCAAAAUGUGCUACGUCACCCGCAGUAUGACUGUCCCUGACCCAGAAAACAGGCAGAUGGAGCUGCACUCCUCUGAUGCUAAGCACACAAUAGUCAUGAGGCAUACAGACACAGCCUCUGCCCAGACCUGGUUCACUCUCAUGCAAACUGCCAUCACAAACCUCACCAGCAAAGUCAUCAGCGAACUCCGAGAACACGCCGGCCGCCACAGCAUCGCCGGGAGUCGAGAGAUCCGAUACCUCGGCUGGCUAGCGGAAAAGACGGAAAGUGAAAGACAGCGCUGGAAGCCGGUGCUCGUGAUGUUGACGGAGAAAGACCUGCUGCUGUUUGACAGCAUGCCACGCAUGAGAGAACACUGGCUCAGCCCGACACACACCUACCCUCUGCUCGCCACACGGCUGGUACAUUCUGGUCCAGAUAAGGGUUCACCACAGCCUGGUGGCGAGUUGUGCUUUGCUACACGAACGGGAACCAGAUUGGGUAUCGAAGCCCAUCUCUUCAGAGCAGAGACGGGCAAGAACCUGUCACUCUGGACCAGACACAUAGUCACUGGCUGCCACGCAUCUGCCGAGAUGAUCAAAGAAGUCACUACCAGUUGUAUGUAUCAGGGUCAGGACUGUCGGUUGGUCAUUCACUAUGAGCAAGGCUUCUCUGUCAUAGCAGAUGGAGACGACAGCUCUGUGGCACAGACACUUUUCAGCUACCCGUUUGAAAAGCUGAAGAUGUCUGCUGACGACGGCGUACGGAUCCUCUAUCUGGAUUUUGGUGGAAACGAGGGUGAAAUUCAACUGGACUUGCACUCCUGUCCCAAGCCUAUUGUUUUUAUCCUCCACUCCUUCCUAUCAGCCAAGAUUGCAAGAUUAGGAUUGGUAGCCUGAGACUGAACUGUCAUAGACUGAAACAGUGACGUGAUUAUUUCAACACUGAGAAGGGAAAUCCAGAACGAGGUGGAACCCGCAAGACUGAGUGAGGACGAUGAUGCAGAACUCACGCUGUAGCAGACCUCUGAAUGAUUUUAAUUGCAUUUCAGUAAUGAUAAACUAUGUAUUUUUCAGAGAAAUAUUAAUUAUAGUGAAAUACAAUUUCACAUUGAUUUUCUAAGAGAGAAAAAAAAAUCAAACUAUAUAAUGAACACUAGCUUGUGAUUGGAACUGGAAGUAUUAUUUUAGAAUCCAAUACAGCAGAGUAUUCAGCACUUACAGUACCAUUAACUUCUAUAUAACGCUAGGGAAGGCGGCCAUCUGUAUGACAGCUGUCUGAGUUAUUGCAUCUCUCUGGCAGCUAAUGUGGAUUAAAGAAAGGCUAGUUUAAACCCUGUUAAUGCACAUAAAAGUUAAAACAUCUCGUUUAGUUUCUGGUGCUUUCACUCGGGAAAUGCAAUGCACCGAUGGUUGAGCAGAAUCAACAAGGACAUUCUAGAGUGCCGGUCAUCAAAGAGGCAUGUCAACAAACUGUCUGCUUUCACAAGGCCUUUGUGACAAAAGGGGAAAAUCGAGACAGGGUCAGCCCUCCCCUUCAGAACAGUGUAUCUGUUUCCACAGACAAAUGGAGUUUCGGUGACUUUAACGAACGUUUCGCUUCCAAAAUCGGGAGUACUGCUGUACAAACCUGUGACAUGCAAGAGGAAACUUUAGAAUCGCUGCCACAUUUGUGUAGUUGUUUUUUAAUAUUCAUCAGAAGAAUGUUCUCAAUUAUUGCGUGAUGUGCAUGCAUGUACGUUAGCACACCUAUUGUGGGUGCUCAGAUUCGCUCUCGGUGGCCUAUGGUCAUAUACAAACACAAAGGCCAUUCAAGUACUUCAGAUGUCAGAUUAUAAAUUAGAGUACUCGAGAAUUUCCAAGUUAACCAGCAAUUAGUGUCCAUUGUCGGGCACUGAGCGUUCCCAGAGCACUGCUCCAUUGUGGGGGUCAUGUGUUUGGGGACAGUAGGGCCCCUGUGGCACAGCCUUUGUCUCAUCUGUGAAACCGUCCCUGCCACAUUCCAGCGCACAUGACAGAUCCAGGAGUCACGGGCCUGGGAACCUGCUUUCGACAGUAAAGGGAUAUUUCAUUCUGAAAUUAAAUUCCUGUCAUUUUCUCACCCUCGUGUCAUUACAAACUCGAUUGGAACACAAAAGAUAAUGAAUUUGAAGAAUGAUUCUGUUUGAAUUAUGAGAGUCAAUUACAUUUUGAAAGUCCAAGACUAUCAAGCUCCAUAAGGGCAUAGUGUGAAGUUAUGCUGUGGUCAUGCCAUAAUUACUAGAUGGCAUGCUGGAACAUACUCAGACUCAAAAUUGUGCAUUUGUAUGGCAACACUGUUAACGGCAAAGUGAAUCUGAGUUUGCUGAGAUUUUGAGUACUCAAAAGACAAAACCACAAUACAAAUAACAGUUGUUAUGCAAAUGCCUUUGUUAAACAUAAUUUAUGUAGUGUAACAUUAGAUUAAUAAACUUUGUGCUUGCUUGACUAAA